AUGUCUGGAGUCAACGGUCUCAGUGACCGCACCCGCGCCAAAUGGGCUGGCGCCGUAGACCCCGAGGAAAUCGCCAAAACACUGCCCCGGAUGCUUGACCUGACGACCGAGAAUAUCACGGAGAAUGUAGUCAAGAUCAACUCGUUAUGCAAGGAUCCCCGCCUGCGCUACCUGAUCACCAAGCUGGUCAAGGCGUUGCACGACUACGCCCGGGAUGUGAAUCUGCAGUUUGAUGAGUGGGAGAAGGCGUGGCAGUUUUUGACGGAGGUCGGUCAAAUCUCCACCGAUGUGCGUCACGAAUUCGUGCUGUUGUCCGAUAUUCUCGGCCUGUCCGCCCUGGUGGAUUCGCUCUCCUAUCCCACCGUCCCCGGUGCGACGGAGUCUUCUGUCCUGGGCCCCUUCCACGACGAGGAAGCCCACUCGCUCGAGCUGGGCGGUUCCAUCACCGCAGAGGGCACCCCCGGCGAGCCGACGCUCGUCCGUGGUGUCAUCAGCGAUACAGAUGGGAAGACUGUCUCCCGGGCGUUGGUCGAUGUGUGGGAGACGGAUGGGAAUGGGGUCUACGAUGUCGAGUAUGAGGUCAAGGAAGAGCCAAACUGCAGGGGGAAGGUCUUCACCGACGACCAGGGCAAUUAUGUCUUCCGCUGUGUCAAGCCUGUCGCGUAUCCUAUCUCCAACGACGGUCCCGUGGGUGAACUUCUCCGCACCUUGAACCGUCACUGGUUCCGCCCGGCACAUAUGCAUUUCAUGAUCGCACACCCCGAGUACACCAAGCUGAUCACGGCGCUGUACUCGCGAGACAGCAACUAUGUCGAGACUGAUACGGUGUUUGGGGUCAAGCAGAGCCUGAUCGUCGACUAUAAUUGGUGCGAAGACCUGGAGCUGGCAAAGAAGUACGAUCUGGAGCCCAUGGUGAGGACUAUCGAUGGGAAGGAACACAAGGGGUUCUGGUUGCUGGAGAAGGAUUUCGUCUUGAUCAAGAAGUCUCCUCCGGCGCCUCGCAAGGUGAGAGAUGAUUAG